UGUGACGUCAACUGUCAAGUCAAGUUGGUCAAGUUGAAGUUCUUCUAAACAAUGGGAUUUUGAAUGAAAUGAAACUGAAAUAUGUUGCUAAAAAAAAUUCUAAAUAGUUGAAUAGUUGAAGCUAUAAUUGCACCCAGAUGUGAAUUAUAUACCUGUGGCAAUAAACAAAUUUUAAACAAAAAUGCCCAAAGAGCAAUAUCGGGAGACAUACGUCGGUAGAAAGAUUUCCCAUGUGACAUUUAAUGUGGAUAGUGCAUCUGAUAUCCAGCAGGCGGCUCAUAUCCAGGUCAUAACAAAGAACCUUUAUGCUCAGGAUGGGCAGAGAGUACCCGCUAGUUAUGGAGUACUGGAUAGGAGGAUGGGCACCAAUCAAAAAGAUGCAAACUGUGACACAUGUGGUCUGGGCCUGGCAGAGUGUGUGGGCCACUAUGGGUACAUAGAGCUGGCACUACCUGUGUUCCAUGUGGGAUACUUCCGAUCCAUAAUCACCAUUCUGCAGACAAUAUGUAAGAACUGUGCAAAAGUAAUGCUGUCCGAAACAAUCAAAAAGUCCUUCCGUCGCAAAUUCAUGAAUCCGGAACUAUCAUACCUCCACAAGAAAAACCUUCGCGCUGCUGUCUUAAAAAAAGCAAAAGUCGGCACUAAAUGUCCAUAUUGUGAGGCCUUGAACGGUAUAGUUAAGAAAAGCCCAGCUGGUAUAUUGAAGAUUAUACAUGAUAAGUACAGGACUAAGAAGCCUACGGAUGCUUUAGUUCAGAAGGUUCUUAAGGAGUUCAAUGAAGCCAAGGAGUCUAAUAAGGAAUUGGCGACUAUGAUCAAUAGUGGGUUGAUUAUUGAACUCAGUCCAUUAGAGGUUUUGAAUCUAUUCCGUCGUAUACCUGAUGAGGAUGUUCCGCUAUUAGGAAUGAACGUAAAAAGUUCGAGACCAGAAGAUCUGAUACUGACACGGUUGCCAGUACCACCGCUCUGUAUAAGACCUAGCGUUGCUUCUGAUAUAAAAGCUGGAACCAAUGAAGACGACCUAACAAUGAAACAAUCUGAGAUUCUUCUAAUCAAUGACGUGAUAUCUCGUCACGUGGCCAGUGGGGGCAAAAGCGAAUUAGUGCAAGAAGACUGGGACUAUCUACAAUUGCACGCCGCUCUUUAUAUCAACAGCGAAAUGUCUGGCAUUCCUCACUCCAUGCAGCCCAAGAAACCAGGGCGGGGAUUGGUGCAACGGUUGAAAGGCAAGCAAGGACGCUUCCGUGGUAACCUGUCUGGCAAGCGAGUGGACUUCUCCAGUCGUACUGUCAUCUCGCCCGACCCUAACUUGCAGAUUCAAGAGGUGGGAGUCCCAGUCCACGUAGCCAAAAUACUCACAUACCCUGAACGAGUGUUCCCCGCUAACUUGCAAUGGCUGCGCAAAUUAGUAUGCAAUGGCCCCGACGUCCACCCGGGGGCUAACUAUGUGCAGCAGAGGGGGUUCAGCCAUAAGAAGUACCUCAAGUAUGGUAACAGAGAGAAGAUUGCCCAGGAAUUGAAGUGUGGGGACGUAGUGGAACGUCACUUGGUGGACGGGGACGUGGUUUUGUUCAACCGUCAGCCAUCUUUACACAAACUGUCAAUCAUGUGUCACAGGGCGCGCGUGCAACCACAGCGUACUUUCAGAUUCAACGAAUGUGUGUGCACGCCGUACAAUGCUGAUUUCGAUGGAGACGAAAUGAAUAUGCAUUUGCCGCAAACUGAGGAAGCGAGGGCAGAAGCCCUUAUACUUAUGGGGAACAAAUCAAAUCUAGUGACGCCUCGUAACGGUGAGCUGCUGAUUGCGGCGACUCAAGACUUCAUCACCGGUGGCUACCUCAUCACGCAGAGAGACACCUUCUUCACCAAGGCUGAGGCUCAGCAGCUGGCCUGCUGUCUGCUGGCUGGGCCUGACUCCAGCAUGAGGAUCGACAUGCCUCCACCAGCCAUACUGAAGCCCAGGAUGCUGUGGACUGGCAAGCAGAUCUUCAGUUUAAUAAUGAAGCCAAACAAGCGUUGCGAGGUUAAGGCUAACUUGGAGACUAAGGGCAAGAACUACACACGCAACCAGGACAUGUGCGUGCAAGACUCAUAUGUAAUAAUAAGAAACUCGGAGCUGCUUUGCGGUUCAAUGGACAAGAGUACCCUGGGGUCGGGUACAAAGAACAGCAUCUUUUACAUUCUGCUGAGGGACUGGGGUGAGGAGUAUGCCGUUAGAGGCAUGUGGAGAUUAGCACGCAUGGCCUCGUACUACAUGAUGAAUCGUGGCUUCAGCUUCGGUAUUAUAGACGUGACGCCGGGCAGGAAACUCAUAGAGGCUAAAAACAAAUUGCUAGAAUCUGGAUAUUCCAAAUGUGACGGCUACAUCCUGGAGAUGGAAAAAGGCACGCUGCAGUGCCAACCCGGCUGUACCAUGGAGGAAACCCUGGAGGCUGUUAUGCUAAGCGAACUCAGCAGUAUCAGAGAGUUGGCCGCUAAAGCGUGUUUCCGUGAACUUCACCCUACCAACGCUCCGCUUAUAAUGGCACAGAGCGGAUCUAAAGGAUCCAACAUCAACAUAUCGCAAAUGAUAGCAUGCGUGGGGCAGCAGGCGCUGAAUGGAAAACGCGUGCCCAAUGGAUUCGAAGACAGGUCCCUGCCACAUUUUGAGAGGCACUCAAAGAUCCCAGCUGCCCGUGGUUUCGUAGAGAACAGCUUCUACUCGGGCCUGACGCCGACCGAGUUCUUUUUCCACACGAUGGGUGGUCGAGAAGGGCUGGUCGACACUGCAGUCAAAACUGCCGAGACGGGGUACCUGCAGCGACGACUUGUUAAGUCACUGGAAGACCUGGUGCUCCACUACGACAUGACGGUCCGUAACGCGACCAGCGAGGUGGUGCAGUUUCGCUACGGAAGCGACGGGCUGGACCCAUCUUACAUGGAGGAUCGAGACCGCCCCGUGAGCCUUGGCCGGGUUUUGGCUCACGUCCGGGCAUUAUGCCAGUCCAAGGAUGAGGAACCAUUGGAUGGGGACGGCAUCGUGGUGGCUGCGGAGGAAACCCUCGCUUUGGACGACUUCAAGACUUGCCCGCAAGAGUUCAAAGCUGAAAUGCUGGCAUUCCUCAAAAAGUUGGCGAAUCGAGUGCGUAACUUACGUGGCAAGUACGCAGCGUGCGGUUCCAUAGCCAAUCAGUUGGAGCGCCUCACGCUGACGCAACUCGUGCGCUUCAUCCGCGUGUGCCACGACAAGUACCAGCGGAGCAUCAUAGAGCCCGGCACGGCCGUGGGGGCACUUGCUGCACAGAGUAUCGGCGAGCCCGGCACGCAAAUGACCCUUAAAACCUUCCACUUCGCGGGCGUCGCUUCCAUGAACAUCACACAAGGGGUCCCGCGAGUCAAAGAAAUUAUCAACGCCUCCAAAAACAUAUCCACCCCCAUUAUCACUGCAGAACUUACCGACCCCCUCGAUCAAGAGUUUGCUAGACGAGUUAAGGGAAGGGUUGAAAAGACGACUUUGGGUGAGAUAACGACGUAUAUAGAUGAAGUGUACCUCCCACAUGAAUGCUUCCUGCUUGUGAGACUGGACGCCGAGCGAGUCCGUCUGCUGUGCUUAGAAGUUAACGUUCACUCUAUCGUUUACUCGAUCUGCACUUCAAAACUCAAAAUCAAGCCGGGGAAUGUGGUCGCGGUAUCGGAAUGGGCUAUCAAGGUGUACGCGGAGCCGGCCAAGCACGGCGGCUGGCUCAACGUGGCACUGCAACAGUUGGCGCGGCAGCUACCCUCGAUAGUUGUCAAGGGGCUCUCGAGGGUUUCCCGAGCGGUCAUAGCGUGUGAUGACUCCGGCUCCAUCAACAGGUAUAAAUUGUGCGUAGAAGGCGACGGCUUGAGAGAUGUUAUUGCUACUUAUGGAGUUGACGGCAGAAAGACAUCUUCUAACAAUAUCCUUGAGGUGUACCAAACAUUGGGCAUCGAGGCAGCCGCGACGACUAUCAUGAGCGAGAUCGAGGCGGUGAUGGCCGGCCACGGCAUGGCGGUGGACCGGCGCCACGUGGCGCUACUCGCGGCGCAGAUGUGCGCGCGCGGCGAGGUGCUCGGCAUCACCAGAUACGGGCUCGCGAGGAUGAAGGAGUCCGUGCUCAACCUGGCCAGUUUCGAGAAGACAGCCGACCACCUAUUCGACGCAGCGUACUAUGGGCAAAGAGACCGCAUCGAGGGGGUCUCCGAAUGCAUCAUAGUAGGAGUCCCUGCAGGAAUCGGAACUGGGGUGCUGCAGUUGCUGCAUAAGCACGACCACUACCACAAGACACAAGCCCCCACUUUGCUGUUCGACAACCCUGAGUACCACUCCUCUAUAUGGGAAUAAAUGUUUUAACCUCUAUAA